AUGAAGGUCUUGCUGGUUCUUUGUGCUCUUUUUGCCCUCUCUGAAGGCUUUACCAGGAUACCUUUGCAGAGAGGGAAGAAGCUGAGGCAACUCCUGAGGGAAAAAGGCUUGCUGGAAGACUUCCUGAAGCAGCACCACUAUGACACCAGCACCAAAUAUGCACAUUCGUUUGCUUCCCAGGGCGUCUCCGAGCCACUCAUUAACUCCCUUGAUGCAGAGUAUUUUGGAACAAUCUACAUCGGGACCCCCCCUCAGGAGUUCAGCGUUGUAUUUGAUACCGGUUCAUCCAACCUCUGGGUUCCCUCCGUCACCUGCCAGAGUGAGGCCUGCCAAAAUCACCAGAGGUUUGAUCCGUCAAAAUCCUCCACCUACCACAGCACAGAGACCAGCAUAUCCAUUCAGUAUGGCAUAGGCAGCAUGGACGGGGUUGUGGGAUCCGAUACAGUGCUAGUCUCCUCCCUCAUCGACACCAACCAGCAGUUAGCACUGAGCACCAGCGAGCCAGGACCCUUUUUCACCUACACCAAAUUUGAUGGGAUCCUGGGCCUGGGCUAUCCAGACCUAGCUGUUGGUGGGCUUAUUCCUGUCUUUGAUAAUAUGAUGACCGAGAACGUGGUGCAGCAGCACUUGUUUUCAGUGUACCUCAGUCAAGAACAAAAUGGUAGUGUGGUCAUUUUUGGGGGAAUUGAUGAAUCUUACUUUACUGGCCCUAUCCACUGGAUCCCUGUCUCUUACCAGCGCUAUUGGCAGAUCCCAAUGGACAGCAUCAUUGUGAACGGCAAGGUGAUCGCCUGUGAAUCUGGCUGCCAAACUAUUGUUGAUACCGGCACUUCUCUCGUGACUGGGCCCUCGCCAGACAUCAACAACAUACGGAAAGUCAUUGGAGCUACUCCAGGACAGUAUGGCCAGUAUAAUGUCAACUGCAAUGACAUUUCUAGCCUGCCUGAUAUCAUCUUCAUAAUCAAUGGGAUCCAGUUCCCUCUGCCUCCUUCAGCCUACACUGAGCAGUUUGGCCCAGGAGACUGCACAAGUAGUUUUCAGGUCACAAAUAACUACCUGUGGAUCUUGGGAGAUAUAUUCAUCAGGGAGUACUACAGCAUCUUUGACAGGGAAAACAACCGGGUUGGUCUGGCCAAGUCUGUUUAG